GUUUGGUUUGACGAUCACAUUUCAUCCCACUUAGCGCAGUGUGAUAAUGUGAUCCCCGCCUCCAUUCUAAAUCCCCCACUUGCUAACAUUUCAUUUUGAUUUCCUAAAAAAGGACCACCUUGGAUCAUAUUAGUAUAUAGGUAUAGUCUAAAAUGUCUACUUCCAGAAUUUUGCAACUUGCACAAUUGAUAAGCUCCCAAACUGCUGUCAUUGAUGCGCAUCUUCAGAGCAAGGGACUACCUCAGCCUUCGUUUGAUCAAGAUGGACCAACUGAGCCAAUCCAGGAAGCGACGGAAGAUGUUACACAGGCCCGAACUGAUGUAAUUGAGGCGACAAUUGAGCUCCGUCAGCUGCUGCAAGGCCCUAUGCAGCUUCUUCUCCCUCAGUCAAAUCUAAGUCCUAUUGUAGCCGUCCAUCGCUUCAAAAUCGCAUCGCUAGUCCCGAUAAACUCUACGAUCUCAUUCGGGGAGCUUGCUGUUAAGUGUAGUUUGCGCGAACCCGAUUUGAAGCGCAUCAUUCGCUACACGGCUGUAUAUCACCGCGUAUUUCAGGAGCCAAAGAAAGGGUUUGUCGCCCACACAGCCGCAUCGAAGCUCUUGGUCGAGAAUCCUAGGGCAAGCAGUCUCAUGGGCCUUACUUUUGACGAAUGCUGGCCAGCUCAUAAUAGAGCGGUGGAUGCCAUGGCACAACGAAGCGAGGAACCAAAUGUCUCUGGCUAUGCCCUUGCAAACAACACGACUUUGAACACUUUUCAAUUCUUCUCCAAAAAUCCAUCUCGCGCUCAAAAGUUUGCAAAUGCCAUGUCUACAACCUCACAGACCAGUCUCGAUGGACUUAGUUCCAACUUUCCAUGUACCGUGGUCGAUGUUGGAGGCUCUCAAGGCCAUGUAUCUGUUGACUUGUCUCGAAAAUUCCCAAAUCUUCAUUUCAUUGUUGAGGAUUUGCCAGAAGUGGUCGAAGGAGGCACUGAGAAGCUUCCCAAAGAUGUACGGGGCCGUGUUGAGUUCAAGGCCCACGAUAUGUUCACUGAACAGCCAGUGCAUGGAGCCGAGGUCUAUCUUUUACGUUAUGUGUUGCACGACUGGACAGACAAAUAUUCGAUCGAAAUUCUUCGAAAGUUAGUGCCCAGCUUGAAAGCUGGCGCCAAGAUCGUCAUACAGGAGUAUCUUUUACCUGAACCGGGAACAAUGACAAUAUCACAAGAAAGAAACAUGCGAGCCAUGGAUGCUAUCAUGCUGUCCCUAUUCAACUCGAGAGAGCGAGAGGCUAGUGAGUGGAAAGAACUGUUUACGGCCGCAGACCCAAGAUUCAAAUCCUUUACAGUUAAUAGAAUCAAGGGCGGCUCUGCCGGUGUUGUCUACGUGGAGUGGACUCCAUGAUAUGUUUUCACUUACUAUAUGUAAUCAUUUGAAUCAAUUGUCCAGUGAGAUAGAACGAUGGAAGAUCCAUGGAAACGACAAUUAUUUAGUGAAACUUGGCCUCGCUUUAACCAUGUGUGUCCUUUCAACUUUUCAAAAGACCUACAGGUAUACUUUUAUUGACUACUUGUGGCGAGGUGAUCUUUUUUAACGAGACUAGACCAUAAACAUUGCUUCUGUUUUCAGAUUUAUCAAUAACAAAGGGAAAGACCAUAUGAAGUCAUAUGUAUAUGUAGCACUUCUACUCAUUUAUGUCUAGUUUUCAAAAUCUCUAGUGUGCUAAGUUUGAACAAUUCUAAACAUUUGGAACAUUGAA